UGUCGCCAAAGCAUUUCUAGUUUCCUCCCCCACUUCACUCUCUCUUCUCGUGCGCUUCGCCCUGCAUCGCUUCUGUCUACAUUCCAAAGCUCUCUCUUUCCAUCUCCCUCGUCACCUUUCUUUCUGGAAGGACAAACACAAUGAGCGUUGCGGUGGAAUUGCUGGCUAUUCGAAACUUCAACUGUUCACAGUUAAGGAGCGUUUCCUCGUCUUCUUCCAAGUCCUUGUGUCCUUCUUCUUCUCUAAAGCUCCAGCCUUUGCUUAAAUCCAGGGGUUACACUGUUUCGAAUGACGCUUCUGCUGUUUUUGCUCCUAAAGGCCUUGGGAUUGGGAUUGGGAUUGGUUUUCCUUAUCUCAAUGGAGGGAAUCCCUUGAACCGAUCGAUCGUGCCAUUUGCUGCCUCUCACGAACAUUCGCAUUUAGAAAUCGAAGUGGAGAAAGAGAACAGCGGUGAUGAAUUGGGAGCUGAAGAAUCACAAGAAGCUUGGAAAGAGACUUUGGCUUCUUUCAAAGAACAAGCCUUGAAGAUGCAAACUGUGUCUCAAGAAGCAUACGAUAUAUACUCAAAGAAAGCAAUGGUUAUUUUGAAAGAAACAUCGGAGCAGUUAAAAGUUAAAGCAGACAAGGCUAAAGGUGAUCUGGCCGUGCUAGCAAAGGAGAUGUCUGAAGAGAGUAAAGAAUUCCUUUCAGUAGCUGCUCAGAAUUCCCCUGAAACAGUGAAGGAGGUUGUGGAAACGUUUGCUUCCUCCACUGAUAAUCUGAAUGAUUUUUCUCAAAUUCGUGACUUCCAUCUUGGAAUACCUUAUGGUUUGCUUCUUUCUGUUGGUGGCUUUCUUUCCUUCAUGUUGACUGGCAGCGUUUCUGCUCUUAGGUUUGGGAUUAUUCUUGGUGGUGCUCUUUUGGCCUUAAGCAUAUCGAGUUUGAAAUCAUAUGAAAAAGGACAACCGUGUACAUCAGUUGUGAAAGGACAGGCAGGAAUAGCAGCUAUAAUCUUUCUUAGGGAGAUAAGGUUGCUGUCUCAGAGAGCUUCCAUUUUGACCUUUUUCUCAACCGUCAUCAGUGGCGCAAUGGUUGCAUUCUUUCUAUAUAAAAUCACAGUGAAUGGUAAGCAGCAGGAAGGAUCAGACAUGGAACAAGAAGCUGAAAAUUGAUGUGUUUGUUCCAGAUGAAAGGCAAGUGGAUUGUGUUGUUAUGUGUAAAGAAGAGAGUGAAGUUUGAGGGGAGAAUGAGUUUUGUGGAGCCUUAGGGUACAGGUGAGAAGGAAUAAUGUGAUGGAUAUCUUAUCCUCAUGUGGGCCUAAAAUUGAUAGUGUUUUCGGCCUUAUAUACUUAUUUUCUUCAAGGAGUUUUUGGUGUGGAUUCAUCUC